AUGAAGCGCGCGUAUAAGGGGGUCGUACAUGGGGAGAAGGUCAAUAAUGGUUUGGCAAUCGAUCCGUGGUCAUUACAGACACCAGAGUCAGCGAACAAUAUGCUGGCCUAUAGAAUGGGGCUGAGAAGCGCCAGCCAUCGGUCACAUUCCGUGCUCGCUGCAUGGAUUGUAAUCCUUGUAUUUGACGUCGUGGCGACAAGAUGCAUUCUCUCGUGGCUGCCCAAAAUGGUUGCGCUGAUGUAUUGUCCGUGUGACGCCAUCUAUCCUUCGAGUUCGUCGUGGAAUUUCGGGCCUGCAGCUCUGACGUGGUCCCUUGAUGGCGAUUUGAAGGACAGCGUUUGUAGCAAAGGCGCGUUGCUCGAAUCGACGAUAAUACAAGGACUCACUCUACAUACGAGGACACAAACACCGAUUGGGAUGCAAUAUUCUGCGACUUCAUUAGGUAAGGCUUUCUUUGGCCUUAAUUCCUGGAUGCUGAAUUUUCAGAAGUGUAAACGGUUCGACGCACUGACAAGGCUACUAAUCAUAUGGACCAACGCCCACAAGCUCGACAUUCUGUCCAAUGACUAUCCUUUCCCCCUCGAUGUUAUCGAUCUUGAACAGCGCACGCGACACGCCAAGGUGAUGUUGGUGGACUCACCUGUAUCAGAGAUCAAAUUCAUCUCAGGGCGGCAGCACAAAUGGCUGCUGACCGCAUCCAAGGGGACACGGUCAGUCCUGAUGAUCUGGGACAUCGUGGAGGCGGAUGUGACAGUUAACGAUAACCCAGAUUCUGAAGCCAGUGUCAUGGUGUCAUUAUCGCAGAUAAUUGUGCUCCUGCACUUGGACGAUGAUGGAACAUUUCAUGAAAUCUACUUCAUCAACAUCAACCUCCGCCUUGUCACCCUCACUGACCGGCGAGCGCACACACCUCGACACGCCGCGCACCCGUUGCCUCCAAAUCAUUUAACCCCGCCCACGGACCUCGUCCUGCAUGCCCAGUCCAUCGCUCUCUACGUCCUUCCAUCACCCACGCUUGUCUCCAAAUAUUCCUUUGGCUGGGUCGACGGUGCCAGUGCAACCCCCACCUCCAUCCCUAUCCGCAAUAACAUAACCCUCUGGGAUAACAGCAUGAAUCCUUCCAGCACUACUCCCUAUCAUCCUUCCCGCCAAUGCUCACCAGUAAAACAUCCUCCUUCCAUCGAUCUACUCGAUGUUCGGACAUCAUCCUCGGCAAGCGGGCCACUCCCAUCACCGCAAUCGGGAGGAGCAGAACAGUUACGAGACCCUCGUGGCUGCUGUCUUCCCCAGUCCGCUUAA